AUGACUGAACAGGCCAUCUCGUUCGCCAAGGACUUCCUGGCGGGGGGAGUCGCCGCAGCCAUCUCCAAGACGGCCGUGGCCCCCAUCGAGCGCGUCAAGCUGCUGCUGCAGGUCCAGCACGCCAGCCAGCAGAUCACGGCGGACAAGCAGUACAAGGGCAUCGUGGACUGCGCGGUGCGCAUCCCGCGGGAGCAGGGCUUCCUGUCCUUCUGGCGGGGCAACCUGGCCAACGUGAUCCGCUACUUCCCCACGCAGGCGCUCAACUUCGCCUUCAAGGACAAGUACAAGCAGCUGUUCCUGGGCGGCGUGGACAAGCACGCCCACUUCUGGCGCUACUUCGCCGGGAACCUGGCCUCGGGCGGCGCGGCGGGCGCCACCUCCCUGUGCUUCGUGUACCCGCUGGACUUCGCCCGCACGCGGCUCGCCGCCGACGUGGGCAAGUCGGGCGCCGAGCGCCAGUUCAAGGGCCUGGGCGACUGCCUGGUGCAGAUCACGCGCUCGGACGGCGUGCGCGGCAUGUACCAGGGCUUCAGCGUGUCCGUGCAGGGGAUCAUCAUCUACCGGGCGGCCUACUUCGGGGUGUACGACACGGCCAAAGGCAUGCUGCCCGACCCCCAAAACACUCACAUCUUCAUCAGCUGGAUGAUCGCGCAGUCGGUGACGGCCGUGGCGGGCGUGGUGUCCUACCCCUUCGACACCGUGAGGCGGCGGAUGAUGAUGCAAUCGGGGCGCAAAGGAGCGGACAUCAUGUACACGGGCACCAUCGACUGCUGGCGCAAGAUCUUGCGGGACGAGGGCGGCAGGGCCUUCUUCAAGGGCGCCUGGUCCAACGUGCUGCGCGGCAUGGGCGGCGCCUUCGUGCUGGUGCUGUACGACGAGUUCAAGAAGGUUCUCUAG